AUGACUGUCUUCGUCAACAUUGACUUCGAUGGAGCCGGCAGCAACACAUCAAACAUGCCGCCGAAGAAGAAGGCGGGCAGGGCUGCACACCCUCCGCCACAGCCGCCAGCCGUCUCCGACUACGACACCGACACAGCCAACCUGACCGACAACAAUAUCAUCGACUCCAUACCCGCACCUCCGCCAGGUCGCUCCAAUGAACAGCUCAACUACAUGGUCUUGCGACGAUGGAUCCCGAACCUCGAAUCGAUCCUCGCCAUAGCACCAUUUGCAGUCCUGUACAACUUCUCACCAGAAACAGAGCAAUGGGACAAAUGCCCGACCCAAGGUUCGCUGUUCGUGCUGCAACUCACAGCGGAUCCCUAUCCACGCUACCAGGUCGUCAUCCUCAAUCGCAUGAAUAUGGAGAACUUGCAGUUGGAUGUUGCCAGCACGGACGACAUUGAGGUCACAAACGAGUUCAUCAUCAUUACUACGCCUGAUGAAGAAAGAGGGACAGUGCAGGUGCAGGGAAUAUGGAUAUACUCAGCUGGGGACAUUCCGACCGAGAACUCGAGGGAGGCUAUCGCGCAGACUGUGAUGGAAUGUGCGCAGAAAGCGGAGCAGUAUGCGCAGGACUUUGGACCACAGGACGAUGGGGCGUGUGAUGGAGCGCAGGAGCAGGACGGCCGUGAGCUAGGUGUGGGGGCGGAGAUACCUAUCCAGCAAGCCGAACCAGCAGGCCUGGAGCAGAUGCCACAAGAGCACAAGCUGGACCUUGCGACACUGUUCGGGAAGCCACAACUGCAGCAGCAAGGACCGACGUUCCCACCAAACGCGGAUACGGACUUCUUCAGAAAUCCAACGGGACCUCUCGCGCAGACCCAGCAGUUUGGCACACCCGUCGUGCAGCAGCCGCCGAACACACAGCAGAAUGCGUUGCUGGACUUGUUCAAGAAUGCGAAGAGAGGAUGA